AUGAGCUACGACAGAGGACGCGGGCCGCCGAAUAUCGAAGGGAUGACGAGUUUAAAAGUGGACAACUUAACUUACCGAACCACCGUGGACGAUCUGAAGAAGGUCUUUCGUGCGUAUGGAGAUGUCGGAGAUGUUUAUAUUCCACGCGAUGCGAGGACAAAUCAAUCCAGGGGCUUUGCUUUUGUCCGUUUUUUUGAAAGACGAGAUGCUGAAGACGCGAUGGACAGGGUUGAUGGCUCCGUUCUUGAUGGACGUGAAAUUCGUGUGCAGAAUGCCAAGUAUGGAAGGCCACAAAGCGACUACAGACAGAGAUCGGGUGGUAGAGAUCGAGGAUAUUAUGAUCGCAGUAGGGGACGAAGGUUUGUAGAGGAGAAUUGCCUAGUUUGAAUGCGUUUUAAGUUUUAUAAUGUAGAAAUGUGGGUGAUUUGAAUUUGGGAAACACGCGAUGCCUGGAUCAGCCAAAUCUGGUGGGGUGGGGGGUGGGUGCUGAUUGAACUUUGAACAUGAUUCAGUGCUGAAGGCAGUGGUGAUGAACUGUGAUCACAGGAGCUGCGCAACCACUCCCAUGGGAUUCAAAGGACAAAGAGAUUUUCACCAUUUUGGAUGAUAUUUGCAUUGCAAACAAGCAAAAUCCUUUGUCGAUGUCAUCCAACAUGGCGACGGUGAUGUAACUUGCACACUGCUUAUUGCUUGAUCAUUUCACAAUCAAUUACCAUUGCACUCCGUCUCCAAGUCCAAAAAUGGAUUUGACAAGGAAUUUCUCAGCCCCUUCCACCUCCUUUGCCAAGGUUGCCCAAGAGAGGUACAAAGUUACCUGUAUCACCCUAGAAAUCCAUGCCCCAGCCCCCAAGUAAAUCCAUUCCAAAUGAGGCGUGGCUUUGAAUAACAGAAUGUUUUUGUUACAUGUAGGUCGCACUCUCCUCGUCGUCGAAGAUCAAGGUCUAGAUCGUACUCGCCGAAAAAAAGGUAACCAUUGGCCAAAUUGGUAUACUAGCAUUUACAUUUAAGCAUGAAGCAUUAACUGUUUUGCACAUUGCGCUAAAAAUAUUCUGUCACAACAGCAUGGCUUUUUUGUUCUAUGCCACCACCGAUGCCUGUUGCUAAGCUGUUAUAAACAGUUGCCACUCAGUGUAGCAGUUUGCAGUUGCCAGGGCUUUCAAAAUAAGCUGGCAAGUGCUGGAGCACUGGAGGGUUCGAUGCAGUUGUAUGUGCAUCCAUUUUGCUUUCCACCACUGGCAAAGGAAUAGCAAGAAUAAACUACUCAGAAGUUUUUAGAACCACUGAGUAUUUUAACAAAAUACAAAACAGGUGUAACUCCAAAGAUUGAUAACAUUUUAUUUAUCAAAAAAAAGUUAUUAAUCUUUGGAGUUGCACUUGUUUUGUAAACUACUCAGAUAUUUUUAAGUUUAACAAUUAUCUAAAAACCAAGGACUAGCUUCCAAUACGAUGAAGAAGAAAUGUUUAUUGGAAAUUUUGUUGCUUUUUCUAAUCCUAUAGGUGGUUUCUUAAUAAAAACAAAUAUCCUCUUACAGGCCUUGUUCCCUUUGCAGGCCUGCCCUACCGUCUUUCCUUUUAUAUUGGAAUAGUAAAACAAAACAAACUAAAAUUUCUUGUGUGUAAAUUAAGAUCUAGAUCACCACGAAACAGAAAAUCAAGAUCCCGCUCACCACGUCGUCGUACAUCCCGUUCACCUCAGCAAGAACGUCGGCGGGGCUCCGGAUCUCCUUCACCAAAGAGAACCAGCCAAUCACCAGAGAGAAAUGGUUCUCCAACAAGAAAUCGAAAGUCGUCUUCGCCUGACAAGUCCUCUUAG